GUUCGUAGGGGGUGCACGCACGUUCGUCUUUCGGCUGCUGGAGGGACAUGGCGCCGUUGAGAUUCCAACGCCCCGUGAUGAGGGUGAGGGUGGGGUCCGUGGUGCUGCUGGUGCUGGUGGUCGUGGCGGGCGUGGCGAGGGCCCUGGUGCUGUGCUCGAUGUUCCCCUCGUGCUGCUACCCCAGGGACCGCUGCCACCUGCUCUGUCCGUCCUGCAGGGAGGCGCGGUUCUUUGUGCGCGGCGUGAGACUGUUCCCGAAGUACAGUAGGCAUCCGUGUACCAUUGGAGGGACCUUCAUCAACCUCACAGCCCCUUCCUUCCCUAAUGCUGUGCCUCCCCAAACCCUCCCAUAUGCAUCUGAGGGGAUUGAAGAUUAUAGUGUCAGUUCCCGAAGCAGGCAAUAG